UGAAUGCUUCUUCCUCACAAACCUUGUUCUCAAAGUUCCUUUGUACUACUUAACUCAACAGAAGUUGUCCCUCUUUUUUAUUUCUUUUUAAUGGAAGAAGAAGAUCAGAAGGAGCUCCAACUUCUUCCUACUCCACUUUCAAUACCUUCUUCAUCACGCAUGUCAUCACACCCAUCAAGUUCUUCUUCCUUCAGGUAUCGAUCAAUGGCGUCUGAUCAUCAUCAUCAUCAUCAUAAUAAUCAGUUUGAAUCCCCGUCACUUGACUUACAACUAUCAAUAAGUGUAAGGCCAAUCCAGCCACCCUCCAACUGUGUUUUAACUAGUCAAAUCUGUGGGUUUGGUGAUGUUAAUAAGUGCGAUACAAACAGCUGUAUGGAUGUUGAGUCGUUGAAAUGGCAAGCAGCGGAGCAAAUCAGACUAGCUGCUAUUGAGAAGGAGUAUGCAGAAAGAGUAAGAGAGCUUACAAGAAAAGAGAUGGAGCUGGCGCAAUCUGAGUUUUCAAGAGCAAGACAAAUGUGGGAGAGGGCAAGAGAAGGAGUGGAGAAAGCUGAAAGAAUGAAGGAGAAAGCAACUAAACAGAUAGAUUCUACGUGCAUGGAGAUCACUUGCCAAUCUUGCAGGCAAAGGUUUAGGCCUUAAUUCCAUUACUCUAAAUUAACCCCUUCAAGUUAAGUAUAUUCCAAUAUCAACUUGAUCAAUACUAAAAUUGAAAAUUUGGGGUAUUGGAUUCCUGCUGUUUGGUUCAUCUAAACAGAAGGAAGGGUCUGAAUGAUUAAGGAGACAAUAAAAUCUUAAAGUGGCAUAUAUAAAAGGUAAAAUUAUGAAUUGUUUCCCCUUUUUUUA